ACGAAGCUGCUGUUAAAAUCCAUCCAGUGCUCGGCAUGAAACGUCUCCUAUUUCUCUUUCUGCUGGCUGCUACUUUAAUAAACAAUCAUGCCCAGCAGCACAACGAGACCAUUGACUUGAAAAAGUUGGCCAAAAUAGUGCUGCCUCCGGCUUAUCAAACCCGCGUUAUUGGCGGCCGGGUGACCACCAACGCGAAAUUGGGCGGAUACCUAAUGGCAAUGCGGUACUACAACAAUUUCAUCUGCGGCGGCUCUUUGAUCCAUGAGCUCAUUGUCCUGACGGCGGCGCACUGUUUCGAGUACCGAGCAGAAACGGAAGCCUGGAGCGUGGAUGGUGGCAUCUCCAGACUCAGCGAAAAAGGCAUUCGUCGUCAAGUUAAGCGCAUUAUGAUGUCGGCCCAGUUUAAAAUGGUCACCAUGAACAUGGACGUGGCUGUGGUGCUACUGAAUCGACCGAUGGUUGGAAAAAACAUCGGAACUCUAUCCUUGUGCAGUACGCCCUUGACUCCGGGACAGAUCAUGGUCGUAUCCGGCUGGGGAAUGACAAAUCCGGAUGACGAGGGUCCGGGGCAUAUGCUGCGCACGGUAUCAGUGCCUGUGAUUGAUAAAAGAAUAUGCCGCGACGCCUAUCGGGAAUCAGUCUCCAUAUCGGAUAGCAUGUUUUGCGCCUCAGUUUUGGGAAAAAAGGAUGCUUGCACCUACGACUCAGGAGGUCCCAUGGUUUACGAAAAUCAAGUCUGCGGCAUUGUGUCCUUUGGGAUCGGAUGUGCGAGCAGGCGUUAUCCCGGUGUCUAUACGGAUGUUCAUUACGUAAAGCCAUUUAUUGUGAAAAGCAUGAAAGCUUUGCUAUCCCGUUCCAAGACAUUGAAGUAAACUUUUUGCAUAAAGAUACUGCAAUAUUAUUUUGGCUUUUACUUAAUAUUAUACAUUUACAUCGUGAUAUAAAUUAUGCCUACCUAUCGAAUAAAGGAUUUUGUUUAAAAUGA